CGAAUACAAAAAAAUAAAAAAUAAAAAAUUAAAAAAAAAAUAAAACAACAACAAAAGCAAAAACAACGAAAAAAUACUUCAUUGAAAUCAUUGAAAUCAUAAUGUCUGGUGCUCGCAAUCGUGUUUGUUCUGUUUGUGGAACCAAAAGAUUUCAACUUACAGAGGAUGGUGGCAUGACAUGUCGUUAUGGCCAUCAAGUCUUGGGCUGGCAAGAAGAGUGUGAUGAGGAGUUUGGGCAAGUAGGUUAUCAGCGUAAAAAAGCUGCUACAGGUGUUAAGGCCCAUCAUGGAAAAUCAAGGGUGUAUGGUACAGAGCUGCGAUCAGUCCACUAUCGUAUAUUUCAACAUAGUUUACAAAAAUUGGCAUUAACAUUUGUCCAUGAUUUGGGAUUUCCAAUUGAAUUUGAGUAUGUUGUGCGUGAGUUGUGGCUUUUGUAUGCAAACGACAGCAAACUCUACUUGACCGAUGAAAUCAAUUUGGUCAAUGUGGAUGAAUCUAAAAGGAAAUUAAUGGCUGCUAUCCAAGACGAUAUUAACUGCAUUAGUGACAAGGAAGACAGCGACGAAAACGAAGAUGAUUAUGACAAAGCCGACGACGAUGAUAAUGAUAGUGACGGUAGCAAUAUCGACAUCAAUAGCAAAAAGGACAGACACAGCUAUGAACAAAAAGAAAAGGAGUUAAAGCGAAAGAGAACAUUUUUGGCAAAAGAGCAAUUAAAAGGAGUUAAAAGGACAAAAGACAUCGUAUGGCCUGAAUUACGUUUCCGUCACAUGCUUUGUUUUUGUUAUCUUGCCUGCGUCUGGCUACGCUGGCCGGUACUCAUGAGCGACAUUACUCGAUGGUGCGAAACCAUGCGACUUCCUUACAUGUUCAUCUUUCGUGAACUCCCAGACGAAAUUAUCUCACUUGUGGAUGUAAACAAACUCAAGAUGUCAAUGUUAGUCGUCCCGACAGUCACCUGCCUGUCUAAAGAUGUCUUUAGGUUCGGAUCGCUAUUCAAUCUACGAUGCAAAUUGACAUUUCCUUUGGUCAAUACACCCUUGCUGAUCUAUCGUCUCUCAAAUCAAUUCUGCCUUCCAGUGGAAAUGUAUUUUGUCGCAAUACACAUAUCCGAAAAGCUUGGUUUUGAUGGCAGGAUAAACGGUUUGAUCGAAGAAUAUGCCAGACCAAGACGUGCUCAAGGAAGUGGUGAUAUGCUUGCUGUUAUUAGUGUUUUGAUUACUAUUAAACUUACAUAUGGUUUGGAUGAUGAUAAAAGAGAUGUAUUGUUGCCUAGAAAUAAUAUUGUACCUCUAAUGCCAAAAAAUACCUGGGUCAAGCUCAUCAAGGAAAAGGCGAAAAUAUGGGAAGAUACUUGUACUAAAAAGUCUAUCAAAGAUCCUGAUGUGGACCUCAAUGUUCUUUUGUAUUUUCUGAUGGGAGAUGAAGACACUACCGAUAACAGUGCCUCAACAAAGUAUUCUCUAAAAAGCGAAUUGGAUCGUAUUAGCCGUAAAUUCGCUUUUAAGCUCCCUCAGGAUUCUAUAGACCAACAUGACCUUUUCAUGAACGAAAUUCUGAAUAGAUCUUUAGAGAAUGAACCUAUCACCCGAGCCACGCGAGAUAUGGGUGAGAACUAUCAACGAGUUUAUUAUGACUACAAGGCUCGUCCAAAGUUAGUGCACACCAAGGAAUAUGAGCUGGUUAUAAAACUUGCUGCCAAUAUAUUAGGCGUAAAACCCAUCAGUGUACAUUCUGCAAUAGUGAUGUAUGAACGUAUAUUAUUUGGUACACAAUCUUAAAAGAUUAAAUAUAUAUAUAUAAAGAAGUUGAUAGAUUUAUAAAAGUAUUUAAAUAAAUUGCAUUGCAUUGCAUUAUAUUGUAUUGUA